UGGUACAUACUGUUGGUGCUGCUCUAACUGCUCUGUCAUUGAUUCAGUAGUAACACAGUCGUCAGUCCACAGCCUGCCUGCCUGCAGAGAGAGAGCCAAAACAGGAAGAGAGAAAGAGAGGACAUAAGGAGAGAGGAAAAGAGAGUGAUUGUGAGCGAGAGAAGCAGGGAAAGCAUCCAGCCAUCUGUCUGUCUCCAGUCUGAAAGCCACAGCCGCCCUCUUUUGUUUGGCGUCCCUGAUAUGACCCUGUUUAAAAGUGAGCACCAUCGCAGCCCACGAUACAUUAGCAUGAGUGGAGAGCUGAAGUCUAGCCGUUCCAAGACCGGCAGCAAGAGACCCAGCAGCAAUCCAUACGGAUCUGACUAUGACCUGGACUAUGAGUGCUAUCAGGAGGACCUCUAUGACAGGAUGUAUGACUACCAGCGCGUGCCAGCUUCCCUACCUCCCCUGUCCCAGGGACCUAGCCUGGCCAAACGACCCCGCUCCUCCUCCACUUCCUCUGGGCACAGACGCAGCCGAGACAGGCCCCCCUCCAAGAGCUCCAGAGCCCACUCCACCAGCUCCAACAGGGCCAAGUUGCGGAUGGAGGAGCUGCAGGUCAUUAAGAGGGAGCUGACUCUGAUAAAGACACAGAUUGACGGGCUGCUCGACAACCUGGACAGGAUGGACACACAGAGGCAGGACCACACAGGGUCUCCCGUGAGGGAGGGCAGCCUGGCCGGGUCACCGUACUCCCCCUCCGCCAGCAGCGGUGAGCGCUCCCCCUCCCCACUGUCCCCCCCACGCCGCUGCAUCCAGAGAGAGAGCCCCGAACUGGGGGAGGCCAGCGACGAUGAUCACACGAUGAAUAACCACAGCUCUGACCCUGAGGACGAGAUGUGAGGAUGGAAACAGAGAAGAAACGGAGGAGCGCCAGACAUAGAGGAAGAGAACAUCUGUCUUGUCAAGAAGUUACCAUGCCAACAACUGAUUCAGAGGCUCCACUCCUGUCUAACCAACCAGUUACAUUGUAUUCUACAUCCACAUAUACAUCAAACGGAAAUACACGCAGACACACUACUACGCACAUCACUUUGUGUUCAGAGUUAAUAAAUCCUGCCAUUAUAUUCGUUAGCCUCUUUAGGUUCUAAAUCAUCUAUUCCUCCUCUCUCUGUCUGGUAAGGGCAGAUGUUGUAUGUGUGAACAGCACACACACACACACUGUAAUUACAGUUUAUCAGAAAUCAACUCCAUGUAUCUCCCUCGGAUAUUCCCCACUGAGAUCAGCUCACCACACACACACACACACACACACACACACACACACACACACACACACACACACACACACACACACACACACACACACACACACACACACACACACACACACACACACACACAAACAAACAAAACACAUUUUAUCUGUAGAGUGUAAUUAUUAACCAGAACAGGAAGGUGAAAUAAUUUCCAUAUUUAUAAUUUUCUUAUGCUCUUUUUAGCACGUCUUCAUAUUUUCCUGAAAAACAUUCUGAUUACCAGUCCGUAUAAAUUUGACCUGCAUAUUGAGAGACUGAGUUUUUUUUUAAAUGAGCAUACUAUAGAUGUCACAAUCAUAGUUUUUCAGUGACUUAAGUUAUUUUGUUUUCUGUAUAUCAUAUCAGUACCAGAGCAUGAGUUCAUCAGUUUAUACUUGUCCAUCAGUUAAAAUCCCCCCGGUUAUGUCUGUGUAAUGUUAUCUCUCUGCUGUAUUACUACCUGCCUCUAUAAGGUAUGAGGAAACAGUAGCCCAUCUCUUCCUCUAUGUACCUGGCGCUAUAAGCUGAGGAGUGGCCCCGGCCCGGUCCAUGUGUAAUAUUGUGUAUUACUGUAAAACUUUACUGUAUUUGGUCAGUUGUACGAUUUUAAUCCAGCAUUUUGUUUUAGGGUUUUUUAUUUGUUCAUGUUUUUUAAAGCGAGAAGAAAACAACAAUGAUAAUUGUUUUAUUAUAAUUCCAGUGGUGUUAGAUGUUUUGUUAGUUCUGUUUGCAUUCAUGAAGAAGCCAAGUGGAAACACUACUCACACUGUCACAGUAGUAAAGGUAUUUUCAUAUUGAUUAAAAACA